UGAUUUAACUAAACUUGAUAAAGAAGUGCCAAAAGCACAACAGUCCAUAGUUUAUGCGCUUGGAAAUGCAAAAAUCGCAGCCAAUUCCCCGAUCAAAGGACAUUGUAGAACACCACAAGCAUUCAUAACACAUACCAUUGAUCGAUAUGCGCACAUAAUGGAAAUCGAUGAACGUGGCACAUCGAUGCUCUGUAGUCGAUGUCAAAAAAUCACAGAUCGACCAAAAGACCGACAAGAGAAUCCGGAGAAUGUGAACAAAAAGGAUCGUUUCUUAGUUUGCAACAACUGCGAACCGGCCCGCAAUCAUGUUCUCCCGGCACCAAAUGAGUGGAUAGGCAAAAUUCAUCAUACAUUCCGACAAAAACAUCGCCUUGAAUUGGAACCGAAUCUCAAGCAUUAUGGACAUUCUAUCGCGAAUCAACAAUACAAUGGACGCGAACAAACUAUUGUUUUGGACCGUGACCUGAAUGCAUCACGCAAUAUGAUAUACAAAGGACUAUGUAUGUUGCAAAAUAUUCCAAUCAAUCCGGAUUUCAAUCGGAGAGCAGCCGAUCUACGACAAGAAGCCGUGAAUAUCAACCAUGGUCGUCUCCCACGGGAGUAGUGACCAUGGCAGUGUCUCAAGACACAAGUUCUAUUCUAUAGUGAGUUUUAUUUUCUUCCACAGAAUAGCGCGUUAAACUCAACUACUACUACUACUACUACUACUACUACCAAAUCUCAAAUUUAAGCAAUGAAUGUUAUUGUUGCUUUUAUUCUAUAUUGUAUAGAUUUAAAAAAAAUUUAAUAUUACCCAUUACACCCAUUACAGACCCAUUACAUGUUUAUUAAUACCCAUUUUUUCUAUUCUUUUUUUGUAAU